AUGGCCAAUCCAUCAAACAAUUUGCUUCUUUGCUUGCCAUUUUUGGCCAUUUUUGUCCAAGCCAUGGGCUCUAGACUAGUCCCAUUGGGUUAUCAAAGCAUAGACACGACUUGGUACGAUGGUCGUGCCACAUUCUACGGUGAUAUGAGUGGUGCUGAAACUAUGCAGGGAGCUUGCGGGUACGGAAACUUAUUCGAGCAAGGGUACGGCCUGCGAACAGCGGCGCUAAGCACGGCGCUAUUCAACAACGGCGCGGCGUGCGGCGCGUGCUUCGAAAUACGGUGCGUGGACGCGCCUCAGUCGUGUAUUCCACGCGCCGGCAGCAUAAAAAUCACGGCCACCAAUUUCUGCCCCCCAAACUACACGAAAACCCACGACAUCUGGUGCAAUCCGCCGCAGCGCCACUUCGAUCUCUCCCAGUACAUGUUCACCAGAAUCGCCCGCUACCGGGCCGGCGUCAUCCCCGUCAGCUACCGCCGGAUCCCCUGCUGGAAGCGCUGCGGCGUCAAGUUCAAACUCGCCGGAAACCCGUACUGGCUGCUGGUGCUGGUGUUCAACGUGGGCGGCGCCGGCGACGUGGCCGACGUCAAGAUCAGAGGAUCCGGAGGCGAGUGGGUUCAGAUGAGGAGGAAUUGGGGGCAGAAUUGGGCGACCGGAGAGCGAUUGGUGGGGCGGAGCUUGUCGUUCCGAGUCACCACCAGCGAUUCCAAAACGAUUCAACUCGACGGAGUUGUGCCCGGCGAUUGGCGGUUCGGGCAGACCUUUGAAGGGAGGGCAAAUUUCUAGUGGGUCCCAUUUAGAUUUAGGUCUAUAGACUCUAGUCUUAAAUAAGAAAAAAGAAAACAAAAAAGAUUUAAGUCUUUUUUCCUUUUUUUCU